GUCAAUGCAACACCAUGUAAGACACACAAAUUGAGAAGAUUUAUCCGCUUUUGCGAUACCGUUAUGUCAUCGGAAACGCGAUUCUCUUGCGCUGACAAGGUUUGUCAGUUGAAGGGCAAGAUUUUAAACUUGGAACUUGAUCUGACGACUCCACAACGGAAGGUGUUUCCUCGUGUAUUUGUUUGCGCUGCUUCUCAUAUCUGCUAUCUGUAUGACUUAGAAGAGGAAACUCUCUGCAAGACAUAUCGCGGACACAACGGACCUGUGACAUGUUGCCAGGUUGAAAAGCUGACCGACCAGAAGCGGCAUUUAUUUACUGGUUCAUGGGAUAAAACCAUCAAAAAAUGGGACAUCCGGACGGGGGAGUGUGUGGAAACACUCUUUGGUCAUUCUGACUAUGUUCGUUCGCUGUUGCUAUUACAGGACCUUGGACUUCUUGUGUCCGGCUCUUCUAACGGGGAGUUAUUCGUGUGGGAUCUUAAUCAGACACCAACAAAAUGCCUGCACGUGUUGAAAGGACACACCCGUGGUGUCGAGUGCAUCGUGCGUGAGCCUGGGUCUUGUGUCAUUUGGACUUGCGGCGGCGAAAGCAGUAUUCGCUGCUGGAGCAUUAGUCGCGAGAGCGUCCAACCCAUCGAUGACGCUUUCUGGGGCCAUCAAUCCAAUGUGUAUAGUCUAGUCUUUGACACCAUGAACGAUGGAAGCGUGUGGACGGCCUCUGCUGAUUCAACCGUUCGUGAGUGGUCUCUGUAUCCCCAGCUUCGCGAAGAAACAAAGCUGGAACACAGUGAACAUUGCACAGACGUUCUUCAAUGGCCAUGCUCUAUUGUGGUGACCGCCUGCCGUGACGGUUCUAUCCAUCUAUGGAAUGGCAGCGGCGGAGAGUGCCUUCGUACAUUACAUGGUCACUCAGACAAGGUGACGAAGUUACUAAAAUGGAAAAAUUUGUUGCUUUCAGGCUCACUCGAUACAACCAUAGCCAUUUGGGAUGUUCCUCGUAUUCUUGAGGGACGUUCAAUUGUCAAACCUACUGAUUCUAAUUCCCAAAACGCCGACGACAUACUUACCGCCGAGGAACUGGCCGAACUUGAAGAGCUCAUGUCUGAUGAAUAAGAUAUCAGCCAUAAUGCUCUUUCGCAUGUUGCAUUUAUGUUUCGUUUCUCUUUAUUUCUCUUCGUAGUUAAGGUUUCGCUUAAAAACUUUAGGCGCGACUCCACAGCAUGGAAUAAAUAAUGAUAACUUUUUAAUCAGAUUUUAUUACGAAACUAUUACCCGCAGCAAAUAUAAACAAUAAAUAAAGUCAAUCUUGUUCGUCUCGCGUGUACACCUUGAG